AGUAGCCAUAAUGGAAGAAUCAUAACAUGAAAAUUUCACAAAAAUUAAAACUUUGCAAUUUGUACAUAAACCUUAACUUAAAUGACACACUCAUGAGUUGAAACUAAUCAAAUGGCGUGCCUUCAAGCCCUUAAACAGGACAUUAAAAUCCUAGAACAAAUAUUUACUCGUGAAAACGAAAGGUUUAGGAUCUUGUCAUCGUCUGUUGAUGAACUUAGUUGUCAAUUUGUCGGCGUAGAUGGUGAAAACUAUAAUAUUCAUGCAAAUAUAACGGAGACAUACCCACAGUCUGCUCCGAUUUGGUUCUGUGAUGAAGAUGAUGUGGUUAUUACUGCAGCAAUAGAGAAACUCACAAACGUGUCUGCAGAUAAAAAUAAUAUUCUGCAACAAGUAAGAAUAAUACUGGUAGAGCUUUGUAAUUUAUCCAAUGUGGAAACUCCUGAUGAGCUGGUCACCUUAGAUGCCAAAUUAGAUGAGAGGGGCAUGCUGUCCGUUGACCAGAGUUCAGAGAGUGAAGAUGAAGACGAGCUUCAUUACGAUAUGGAAGAGGAUGCUCAAAACGAUCAGAAAGCCAAAGAGGAAGUGGAUGGUAUAGACACAGAGAACCUCGCCGUUCUGGAGAGACUGAAACAGAGUCAACGAGAUGAAUAUCUAAAGGGUUCAGUGUCUGGCUCUGUACAAGCUACAGACAGACUGAUGAAAGAGCUGAGAGAGAUUUACAGGUCCGAGAGUUUUAAAAACGGAGUAUUUACAGUUGAGCUAGUCAAUGACAGUUUAUAUGAAUGGCAUAUACGGUUAAAAAAGGUAGAUCCUGAUAGUCCACUGUACCAGGACAUGGAGACGUACAAGGAGAAGGAGAACAGAGACCAUAUAUUGCUGAGCUGUUCUUUUAAAGAAAACUUUCCAUUUGAGCCCCCAUUCAUCCGAGUGAUAAUGCCUGUGUUAAAAGGAGGAUAUGUUUUAGGGGGUGGUGCUAUAUGUAUGGAAUUGUUAACGAAACAGGGUUGGAGCAGUGCCUACAGCAUGGAGUCAGUUAUAUAUCAGAUUGCUGCCACGUUGGUAAAAGGCAAGGCUCGCAUUCAGUUUGGGGCGUCGAAGAGCCAGUACAGUUUAGUAAGAGCUCAACAGUCUUUCAAAUCUCUUGUACAAAUACACGAAAAAAAUGGUUGGUUUACACCACCGAAGGAAGAUGGAUAGCACUGUGCAAUUUUCUCUUGUUUAAGUGUUAGUAUGGAUGUUUGUGUGAGUUUGGAAAUUGCAGUUUUUAACUGGAAAAAAUGCAAACUGCCAACUAUCUGUGCAAACGAAUGCAAAAACUUUACAUUUCUGGUUCCUGCAAAUUCCCUGUGUUACUUGUUCAUGAAAUGAGUUACGUUAGGAUAUACUUGUUUCCCAUGUAGGAGAACAAUGUUCAUCUUUAUAUUACUGCAUUAAGAAAGUGUUUACAACUCUUUAUUAACAAGUCAUGUUUAUUUCUAAAUAAUACAUGCUAAAGAUGAAAUCAUAGCGUUUUUUAGCCAUUAUUUUUUGUGCCAAAAUUUGGCUCUAUUCUGCUUAAAAAAAAGAAAAUCCGCUAUCUUUGACAAACAAAAUUUCCCCUCAAAAAAAAAAUUCUGGUAGUAGAUCUACAUUGUUAUGUGAACAAUACUAUUUUAAACACGACAAUAUGCUUGUAAUCCUUUUUUUUCCAGUAUGACAUAUUUAUGAAAGAUUGUUUUUUAUUAAGACGCAAUUUUCCCCCUGUUUUAGUUACUUUGGUACGAUUGUCCCCUCGUAAUUGGCCCUGCUAACUCUCCUUAAAAACUGAAAAAACACUGCGUGAAAUCGACCUACUUGCAGCAGUGAAGAAAAAGUGCUACCACAUUUGACUUACUAAUAUGUAUAAGACAAAAAGAGUGUUCUUUAAUUUUCAUUUGAACACUGAAUUGGUUAUAAGGAAAAAUAUCACAAGGGUCAUGUCAUGUUUUAAUUGAUUAAAAGUACACUUUAGCUAUAUAUCAUUUGAGGGUAUCUUGUGUCAUUUUAAUUGUAUGGGCAAAAAUGUUAUAGAAAAAUGCUGGUGAAUGUUACAUGCCAAUGAAAUAUGAAAAACAAAAAUUAUUUAGAAAUCUUUUUAAUCCCCCGCCACAAGUGGUGGGGGGUUAUAGGAAUGGUCUCCGUCCGUCCUUCUGUCUGUCCGUAACACUUCCGUGUCCGCUCCAUAUUUCCUAAACCCCUUGAAGGAUUUUCAUGAAACUUGGGUCAAAUGAUCACCUCAUCAUGACGAUGUGCAGAACCCAUGAGUCAGCCUUGUCGGCUCAAGGUCAAGGUCACAAGUCAAGGUCAAAGGUUUGAGCCUUCCAUUUUGUGUCCACUCUAUAUCUCCUAAACCCCUUGAAGGAAUUUUAUAAAACUUAGGUCAAAUGAUCACCUCAUCAAGACAAUGUGCAGAACCCAUAAGUCAGCCAUGCGGGCUCAAGGUCAAGGUCACAACUUUGGGUGAAAGUUUUGAGCCUUCUAUUUUGUGUCCGCUCUAUAUCUCCUAAACUCUUUGAAGGAUUUUCAUCAAACUUGGGUCAGAUGAUAACCUCAUCAAGGCAAUGUGCAGAACUUCUGAGUCAGCCAUGCCGACUUAAGGUCAAGGUCACAACUCAAGGUCAAAGGUUUUAGCCUUCCAUUUCGUGUCCUCUAUCUCCUAAACCCCUUGAAGGAAAUUUUAUAAAACUUGGGUCAAAUGAUCACCUCAUCAAAACGAUGUGCAGAACUUAAGAGUCAGCCAUGCCGGCUCAAGGUCAAGGUCACAACUUAGGGUCAAAGAUUUGAGCCUUCCAUUUUGUGUUCCCUCUGUAUCUCCUAAACCCCUUGAAGGAUUUUCAUCAAACUUGGGUCAAAUGAUCACCUCAUCAAGAACUCAUGAGUCAGCCAUGUCAGCUCCAGGUCAAGGUCACAACUCAAGGUCAAAGGUUAGAGCUCUGUAUCUCCUAAACCCCUUUAAGGAUUUUCAUGAAACUUGGGUCAAAUGAUCACCUCAUCAAGACAUUGUGCAGAAUUCAUGAGUCAGCCAUGUCAGUUCAAGGUCAAGGUCACAGCUAAAGGUCAAGGGUUUACCCUUUCACUAUCCAUAGCAGUGGCGGGGGAUUUAGCUGUCUUUCAGACUGCCUUGUUUCAUGUUUAUGUUGUUUUUGUAGUCAUUAAGCCGUUCUGAAAGUUAUAAAUUGAUCAAGCAAGAAAUAUAGUCAAAAUUGGUAUUUUUCAAAAUUUAUAGCCCAAUGCAGUGUAUGGUUUAAGCCCCCUUGGUUCAUGUGACAAGACACCUGACAGUGAUGGAACAGGCAUCGUUGGUCUUCCUUAACCUGCUAAACUUCUAAAAUGGACUGGUCCAUCAUUCAAUUUGGACAGUAUCAUUUUUUAUUCAAAGGGGUGUUCACUGAAACUGUAUAUACAGUGCAGACCAUGAUCAGCCUGCAUGUAUGUGCAAGGCUGUUCUUGGUCUGCACUGGUCGCAUAGGCAAAAUCACUUGCCGCCAGCAAAGGUUAAAAGUUCUGAAGUCUUCAUGUGACCUGUUUCUUGUUUGACCUAAAAGACCAUAUACAUGUAUGGCACUAGUAAUGUUUUUAAUCAGUUAUUAGUUUGGGGUAUGUCGUCAGGCGGGCGGGCGUCAAACUUGGUUUCCGCACAGUAACUUUAGUUUGGAAAAGCUAUGUCACCAAACUUGGCCUGUAGAUAGAUGGUAAGGAGACGAAGGUUGGGAUUGCAUUUGGGGUCAUUUGGGUCAAGGUCAAGAUUGCUGUUGCUAAAAAUAGAAAAAUUGGUUUCCGUACAAUAAAUUUAGUUUGCACUGAUGUAUUGAAAUAAAACUUGGCCUAUAGGUUAUGACCGUUUUUUAGCUCCAUUUUUCGAAAAAUAGUGGGGCUAUUCUACUCGCCCUGGUGUCGGCGUGACCUUCCUUGGUUAAAUUUUUUGGCAACCUUUGUUUUUCUGUCAUAUCUUUGUUACUAUUGCUUAAAUCUUACUGUAACUUCACAUAAACAUUGUCCAGUAUACAAACAAAGUAUGUUUAGGGACUGAGCCCAUUAUACCCAAGGUCAAGGUCACCAAGGUGUUAUACUUAGAUUUUUUUAAGGUUAAAGUUUUUCGGCAACCUUUGUUUUUUUGUCAUAUCUUUGUUUCUAUUGCUUAUAUUUUACUGUAACUUUACAUAAACAUUGUCCAGCAUACAAACAAAGUAUGUACAGGGGCUCGGCCCAUUAUAGCCAAGGUCAAGGUCACCAAGGUGUUACACUUGGGUUAUUUUUAAGGUUUUUUUUUUUUUUGGCAACCUUUGUUUUUCUGUCAUACCUUUGUUACUAUUGCUUAUAUCUUACUGUAAGUUCACAUAAACAUUGUCCAGCAUACAAACAAAGUAUGUGCAGGGGCUGGGUCAAGGUCACAAAGUUGUUAUACUUGGAAUUAUUUUCAUGUUAAAUUUUUUUGAAAGCUUCGUUUAUUAGACAUAUCUUUGGUACAUUAAAAGAUAAUGACUUGAAAUUAAAAAUAUUUCUUUAUAAUCAUCAUCUGCAUGUGUGGUUACAAACCCCAUAACUCUAAUUGUAUUUUUGACCAUGUGUUUCUGGGUCUAUCUGUGUUUGAAAAGAAUUGGAACCACUGCCUUACCCUUGCAUGAUCGUAAGAGGCUACUAAUAGGGUUAACACUUGAUUUUGCUUUAUCUCUGUGAUUCCAGCAGGUAAGCAAAUUUUGAUUCCAUACCUAAAGUUUUUAUUUCGAUGUAAAUGAGAUGUGAAACCAAAAUUUGUAGUCCUGUUUGGCGCCAUAUAACCUAUACUGUGUUGGUGUGCCGUAAAACCCAAAUAAAUAAAUAAAAAAAAAUUUUUUACCAAAUUAUGCACCUUUUAUACUUAAAUUUGUUAACAAACUUCGUUUUCUGGACAUUACUUUGGUACUAUAUAAAAUAAUGACUUGAAACUCAAAAUAUAUCUUAAUCAUCAUCAUCUGCAUGUGUGGUAACAAUCCCAAUAACUCUAAUUUGUGUUCUUGACAGAAUUAUGCCCCUUGGUGUAUCUUCCUUUUAAAGUAGAGGUAUCUUAUUGAAACAUAUAUUCAUUUUACUGUCAAAUCCCUGAAUAGUGGAGCACGCUGUCUUACAGACAGCUCUUGUUUAAAGAACCUGUUGGCGUGAUGCAAUUGAAAACCUAGUUUUUAUGGAAUUUCCUUGUUUCUUGUUUCUAAUUCAAGCAAAAAGUACAUCUGGUAUUGCAAAAUAGUAAGUUAAACACAGAACAGAACUUGUUAUAGGACACGUUCUCCAAGGAAAAUCCUCUACGUUUUAAGAUCAAGGUUUUUUAGUCCUGUGCCAUGUCCUCUUGAUAUGCUUAGAAGUACAUACAGUGACCUGUAUUGAAUCACUGCUGCAGAACAUGUUAACCUGUUUUUACACCAAUCACAGUAAGCUGGCUGUAGUAUUGAGACACCUGUAUGAAAUUUGUUAAUAAUAAUGUUACAUAUACAUUUGUCUGGUUACUAGUACUCGUAUUACUAAACUGUUUUAAAGACUGGAUUGCAUGUUUACAGUGUUGUUAAAGAUGUUUGAUGUUGGUAGAGUCAUGGAAGGGCUUAGUUGUACCUGUUAUGAAAGGUGUAGGGAUUCUUUGACUGUAAUGGCUGAGUUUUACUUGCCUUUAAAUAAUUUGUGUUGAAUAAUCAAAUAACUUGUGUUGAAUAAAUAUAAGGUAGGGAUCCUGUUCUAUGAACCCUGACAGGUAAUUUUCACUUGGGUUAAGGAUCCUGUUGUUUUUAUGAACUAUAACAGCUAAUUUCUAAUUAACCAUACCCUGAUUGUCCCAAUUUUGAAAAUGGAUAAUAGUUAGUUUAUCAAAAGAAGUGACUGAGUUAUGUCGUUAUGUUAUUCCACACAGGAUUUAUUUAAAAAAAUUCUGGUCCAAAAUUACAUCAAGGCAUGAUACUACUUCUUUCGAGCAAACACCUCUAGGAAAGCUUAUAGAGGCUGUUGUAAAGAGGUUGCUGCUCAGUAGAUUUUUGUCAAGGUGGUUUAUCAGUAAUAAUAGUACACCUUUUCUGGCCAAAUUACACGCUCUAGGCUGUUUCAGCAUUCCCCGGCAGUUACUAUUGGUCAUAUGAACACUUGGCUUUCCAUUACAACCUGUCAAAGUAAAAGCUGAAAAAGUAAAAAAAAUCGCGUAUGGAAAAUAUGAAAUCAAACGGAUAUUACCAGUCGUAAUUUUGAAUUAUGGGACUGCUGCCGUAAAUGAGACAGGAAAUACCUGCCUUUGUAAGAGAGGUUAUUGCUCUCUGAAGGUUUUGGUCAGAAAGGUCAUACAGCAUUUAACCUUUAGCCUGCUGUCGGCAAGUGAUUCUGUACAUCCGUGCAGGCUGAUCAUGGUCUGCACUGUUCGUUAUUAAGUCAGUAAAUUUCAGUGAACACCUCUUCAAUUAAUAAAUGGUACUGCCCAAAUUGAUUAGUGGACCAGUCCAUAUUAGAAAUUUAGCAGAGUAAACAAAUUCUGUUACUUAGGUAUAAUGUAGCAAGCGUAAUGCAUUGUUAGUAGUUUGGAUGAGAAAAUCUUCAUGAAAUGCACUGCCUUAAAUAUGUCAUAUAAACCAAGCAUUUAUUAUUGUGACCUAGUUAUGUGUUGUGCAUUUUACAAUACUGGUGUGAUACAGAGUAGAUAAGAUCUCAUACAUGCAGGUGAAGAUAUUGUCAUACAAUUCAGUAAGUUUCUGAGAAUGCUAAAGUUAAUUCGAAUUUAGACAUACAGUCACGUUUAUGUAGGCUGUAAUACACGAGUCAUUUACAUGCAUAUACAUGGAAAGUUUAAGCUGACUCUUUUAUCUGUUUUUACAGAACAACAUUUCUGGAGUGAACAGUACUGGGAAGACUCAAAUAUAUUUGUUUUUAAAGAGAUUGUUGCUUUGGGGCGAUUGUUGCUUUGGGGCGGUUUGUUUAGCAAAAGUACUGGAAAUAAAAUAUGUUGUCGUCUUUCAGUGAGGUGGUUAUGAGGAUUUAUCAACAUAGAAAAAGUGAUAAUGACCAAGGGCAUAGCUCAAGAUUGUUAUCACUUUUUCCAGGUUGAUGAAUCAACCUUGAAAGGUAACAACUGUUUCAUUAAACUGAAUAACUUGAAGGUAAAUUCAGUUCAGAGAAAUCAAAUACAGACAUUUGCAGUAGUUGGCCAUUUUCCCCAGUAAAUUGUUUAAAUUGUUACAUUGUUCUGAUGUCAAACUGUACUGACGUCACAGACGGAUAUCAAAUGCUUGGAGGUCAAAUGUGUUUCCUCCGCCUACGAGUCGGUACGACUUCUCAACAUUAAUAUGUGACUGUGUUUAGACUAGUGGAAAAGACUAUAGAUUUAAUACUUACCUUGCUAAAUUUCUAUAAUAAACUUUUCAGUUUCAUUUAUGAUUUGAUUUUAACCAAAAAAACAUUUAUUGCUGGAAGGGGUGUUCACUGAAAAUUUACUAAAUGAAUAGCGAACAGUGCAGACCAAGAUGAACUUGCACAGAUGUGCAGGCUUAUCUUGGUUUGCACUGGUCGCAAAGGCAGAGUCACUUGCUGCCAGCAGGCUGAAGGUUAAACAUUAACUUCACUAUUGUAAUUGUUUAUUUGCAGAGAUGUGUAGUUCUGGAGAGAUUAAUUUUGAAUACAAUAUCUUUAACACGAUUGAAAAGGAAUUUAAUGUAUAAUUUUUGCUUAACAGGAAUUAUUGUAGAUCUAUAACACAGUAAUAAUAGAUGAUUUCAUAGCAGAAUUUUAUUAGUUGAUAAAUACUUUUCAUUGAUAAAUGCUGUUAAGUGACUUAUUAGGAGAAAUCACAAAAUCCAAUCUUUAAGUACAAAAUAAAAUAUUCAUUUAUUUUAUCUUCAACCAUUGCAGAGUGGUUAGGUUCGCUGACUUAGAAUCACUUGCCGGUUUGAGCCCUGCUUGGGUCAGCAUGUGAGGAACCCUUCCAGCCUGCUUACAAUAGGUCGUUGGUACUUGAAAUCAUUUCUGUUGCGGCAAUGCCCUUUCAAAGCAAAGGGUUUGUUUAUUAAGGUCCUAACUUAUUUUUGUAGAUUUUUCAGUAAAACAUGAUUAUAAAUCCAACUUCUGAUGAAUAAAUUUAAACAAAUAAUGUUGCAUUUGAUGGUAUUCAAUUACAAAUUUUUUUAAAAAAUUUUUUUGGUUUGGUUUUGAAGCAUUUAUAAGUGAGAGGGCAUUAAUCAGAGAAUGCUCAGAAACUGUCUAUUUUCACAAUCCUUUUUUAUAGGUGUACCUUAUUGAUUAAGAGGGGCAAUUUAACUGGGGGCAUUAAGAGCAUGUUUGAAUUGGUCAUCAAAGAAAAGUUGUGUACAUGAUCACGUCAUGGACCAUUUAUUCAGGAUUUGUCAGUGCCAUGAUUAAUCAGCUCGUCACUAUCAUCUUCCACCAUGAAAUGUCUUGAAGUCACUGCAUUGGCCCGAUUUGUGACAUUGGUACAGUGAUUGGUCAAUGUUUGUCAGUGCCAAAAAUAUGCAUUUGAGAUGUUGCAAAAUGUGAUAAUGUUAAAAUGCAGAAUGUAUAUACACAGGAGAACAUCUUUGUCAGUUCACAUUGGUUAAGUGGAAUUUUCCUUGUCUGAACAUCUUUGGGUGUAUUCCUUUUAAUUUUGAACUCGUCUAGCAUUUAGUAACACUAAUCUAAUACUCCUUUCGGUCUCGUAGGUUAUGAAUAGAGCACCAAAAAUGUAAAAGUUAAAUCGGAGACCAGUCUCAAAUGAGCAGCAUCUCUGUGGUCAAUUCAGUGCACAAAUUUGAAACUGACCAAAAGGCAAGCUUCAUCUUUAGACAGGUCUCGCAACUGACUUUUAUAAACUUUGAGCCAGAUAACUUGUUUUUUUUUCUUCUUUAGUAAUGAUACUCUGUAAUAUCCAUAUGAUUAUUUAUAUAUAUAGAGAGAUUUCGGCAUUCUUCGGAGGUAAAUUUAGCUGAACGCAUACACAGCUUUCCUUAAAAAAAAUUAAGAAUAUAGAAAUCACACACGAUGGAUACAUAAUUGGCCAAUUACCAGGUGUACUACCUUAAGGUCCAGAAUGUGUUAGAACUUCUGAAUCUGUUUCAUGUGUCCGUUUAUUUGUUAAAGUUAUGUUCACAUGUUAUAAUCAUUUCAGGACAUCUCCAUGUUAUUCAGUUAUUUGUUUGACAAUUUCAUUUAUUUUAAUAAUCAGUAUUUUCUGUUACUAUUCUGUUGUAAUUUUUGUUACUGUCUUUUUUCCCCCUUUACAGAUGUGUUCAUACAAGUGAAAUAGUAUUGUUUAUGUAGCCACACCAUUUACCUGUACCCUGCUAAAUUUCUUUAAUGAACUGGUCCAUCUUCCAGUUUGGACAGUACCAUUUAAUUUAACUGUUAAAAGGGGUGCGUACCAAAAAAGAUACUGACUGAAUAGCGAACAGUGCAGAUCAUGAUCAGACUGCAUGAAUGUGCAGGCUGAUCAUGAUCUGCACUGGUCGCAAAGGCAGAAUCAAUCAUGUCCAGCAUGAUAAGGGUUAAAGUGAGCCUUUCACACAUUUUGGAACAAUUAAAAUGAUUUCAAAGUAACCUUAGUAUAAACAUAUUUAAUUGUCAGUUUUUAUGUCCCGAAGAAAGAAAUGAAGUGGUCACAUUAUGUUAGGUCAUCUGUCGGUCCUAGACAGUUUGUCUCGAUUGUAAAUUUUAAACAACUGAAGAGUUGAAUAAACACUGAAUAUGGUGAAUACAUGUUGUCUGAAUGUCCCAGUUAAAGACCUGCUGCAGCCCUACCUUUUAACCUUAAAUUGUCACCGAAAAAGCAUGAAAAUCCUGACUAUGAACAGUGAUGCCUGUCAGAAUAGUCUGUUUUAUAUAAAAUUCUAUAUAAAAUACCCUUGGUUUUGCAUGCUAAAAUGUGGCGCAUGGGCGUUAACUGUUACCUUUAGUAAUCCUAGGUUGCAUACACACAAUAGAAUUUGAAUAGCAGCGGAGCAGGUCUUUAAGGGUAGACCUCUUUGGGGACAUAAGUCACUUCCUUCUAGCAUCUCUUGUUAAGGUAUUCCCGAAUUGCACAAACGUUAAAGUCUCCCUUCUUGAACAAAUAGUGUUCUUCAUCGUACAUUUGUAUUCAUUUCCUUUGUUAUAUGUGCAUUCUAUGUUAAACUGUAGAAAACGUUCAUUCUGCCCACAAAUGAUUAGCUUUAAAGAGGCUUGCCUGUAGAGUUACACUAUAUUUUCUUACACUUUCGGGAGUUUGUCUACAUAUUUUGUAGACUACCCCGAGUUUUAAUAAUAUAUCAGUACAGCCAAGAAAUCAGUCGCCUAUAUUUUACCUUUUAUUAGCAAUUAGCUACAAAUGGAAGUGUUGUAUAAAUUAAGAAAAAAAAUGACGUAAUUCUAGAGGUGUGCCCCUUUUGAACUGACUGUAAUGUUUUCGAAACAGUAAUUCUUUUCAUGAUAAAUUUAUGUCGUUUUUCUGCUGAAUAUCUCUUAAAAAGUAUUAAAUCGUAUAUGUGACUUGUAUAAACAUGAAAACAUUUGUAUUUUGAUUUUUUUUUCUGCGUUAGUAAAACGUAUUACCAAGGAAAAGUAUGACGUAAUCGAUACAAACAAAUUUAUUUGUACUAUUCACACUUUUUGUUUGACCAUGUAAAUUUUACUUUUACUUGAGAAACCUGCUUUAUCCAGUUUAGUGUUUUAGUUAAAACUUUGGCCUUAGACUGGGGCUCGGACAUUCUGAAUCAUUUUCAUCAAGUUUGUAUAUUAUGCAGUCAUUAGAAAUGUCAAACUAUCAUGAUUUUGGUAACCGGAUGACAUGGUUAAAUAUAUAAUUAAUAUAAUCUAAAAUAAAAUCUUUACCUUUAAACAUGUUAAGUAAAAUAUCACCAUAGGAUGAAAUAAGCCAGUGUAUUUGGGGAUAAACUUCACCAUAUUUCUGCAACUUUUCUGUAUUUUCUGAAGUUUUAUUGUUGGUAUUUAAGGAUAUUCAGUAAGAUGUCAGAAAUCAGCAAGUAAUUACUCACUAUGAAGUGUUACCUAGUAUUCAAUCCACCUUUACUGUAACAAGGUUUUCCCCUGUUUUUUCUUAGUUAGACAGUGCUUUUGAUACAUUAAUUUAAAAAAAAAAUCUUAAGGGAUGGGGGAUGUUAUUGAAAUUUUUUUACAUUUUCAAAAUAUUUUGAUUAAUUUUUAAUUUUUCAUUGUAAAAAAAAAACAAUUUUGAUGGGGUUUUUUCCUGUAAAUGUCAGUAAUUUUUUUAUCAAAAUUUUCAAAAAUUUACAUGUCUUUAUUUGUGAAUGAAUGAUUUUUAGCCCACCUGUCACAUAGCGACAAGGUGAGCUUUUGUGAUCACCCUUCGUCCGUCAUCUGUCUGUCCGUCCAUCAACAAUUUCUUGUCUGCACGAUAGAGGUUUCAUUUAUGACUUUAUUUUAACCAAACUUACACACAACUUGUAUCACAAUAAGGUCUUGGUUCUUUUCUUGAACUGGCCAGAUCCCAUUAUAGGUUCCAGAGUUAUGGCCCCUGAAAGGGCCAAAAUUAGCUAUUUUGACCUUGUCUGCACAAUAGCAGCUUUAUUUAUGAUUUGAUUUUUACCAAACUUGCACACAACUUGUAUCACCAUAAGAUCUUUGUUCCUUUCUUAAACUGGCCAGAUUCCUUUUGGGUUCCAGAGUUAUGGCCUCUAAAAGGGCCAGAAUUAGCUAUUUUGACCUUGUCUGCAUAAUAGCAGCUUCAUAUUUGAUUUUAACCAAACUUCCACACAACUCAUAUCACUAUAACAUCUCGGUUCCUUUCUUGAACUGGCCAGAUUCCUUAUGAGUUCCAGAGUUAUGGCCCAUGAAAGGGCAAAAAUUAGCUAUUUUGACCUUUUCUGCACAAUAGCAGCUUUAUUUAUGAUUUGAUUUUUACCAAACUUGCACACAACUUGUAUCACCAUAAGAUCUUGGUUACUUUCUUGAACUGGCCAGAUUCCUUUAUAGGUUCCAAAGUUAUGGCCCCUAAAAGGGCCAGAAUUAGCUAUUUUGACCUUGUCUGCACAAUAGCAGCUUCAUUUUUGAUUUGAUUUUAACCAAACUUGCACACAACUCGUAUCACCAUAACAUCUCGGUUCCUUUCUUGAACUGGCCAGAUCCCCUUAUGGGUUCCAGAGUUAUGGCCCAUGAAAGGGCAAAAAUUAGCUAUUUUGACCUUUUCUGCACAAUAGCAGCUUUAUUUAUGAUUUGAUUUUUACUAAACUUGCACACAACUUGUAUCACCAUAAGAUCUUGGUUACUUUCUUGAACUGGCCAUAUUCCUCUAUUGGUUCCAGAGUUAUGGCCCCUGAAAGGGCCAGAAUUAGGUAUUUUGACAUUGUCUACACAAUAGCAGCUUCAUUUAUGAUUUUAUUUUAACCAAACUUGCACACAACUUGUAUCACCAUAAGAUCUUGGUGCUUUUCUUGAACUAGCCAGAUUCCUUUAUGGGCUCCAGAGUUAUGGCCCCUGAAAGGGCCAGAAUUAGCUAUUUUGACCUUGUUUGCACAAUAGCAGUUUCAUUUAUGAUUUGAUUUUAACCAAACUAGCACACAACUUGUAUCACCAUACGAUCUUGGUUCCUUUCUUGAACUGGCCAGGUUCCAUGAUAGGUUCCAGAGUUAUGGCCCCUGAAAGGGCCAAAAGUAGCUAUUUUGACCUUGUCUGCACAAAAGCAGCUUCAUUUUUGAUUUGAUUUUAACCAAACUUGCACACAACUUGUAUCACCACAAGAUCUUGGUUCUUUUCUUGAACUGGCCAGAUUCCUUAAUUGGUUCCAGAGUUAUGGCCCAUUAAAGGUCCAAAUUUAUUCAUUUAUGGUUUGAUUUGAUACAAACUUCCAGAAUAUCUUCAACAACGAUAAAUCUAGGAUGCCAUGACGAAUCUGUCAGAUCCAGUCGUAGGUUCCAGAGUUAUUUUAUAUCUGAUUACCUCCCGUGAUUGUAAUCAAAAUGGAAUUAUAUCAGUAAGUACUCAUAGGACUUAUUUGAAAUUUCAUUAUUGUCAUUAGCUGGACUGAGACAAUCAGGGUAGGUAACUAUGGACUGAUUUUAUGUCAAAUUACCUCCCUUUGUUUCAAAUUAAAAUGGGUGUAUCUCGGUAACCAAUGAAGAUACUGAUUUGAAAUGUCAUUUAUGCCAUCAGAUGGACUUGGACAAUCAGGGUAGAUAACUUUUGACUGAAUUUAUGACAAUUACCUCCCUUUGUUUUAUGUAAAUGAAUAUAGGUCAGGACCCUUAGGUCAAAACGGACUGUUACAAGAAAAUACUUAUCCUGAUGAUAUUUAAUGUCUAUGCCUAUGUGAUCUAUGUCAAAACUUGAUCUUAUCAUUAAGAGCAAUGGUACUCAGGUGAGCGAUAUAGGGCCAUCUUGUUUUUUAACUUGCAAGAUAUGAAUGGUUAGUAAAGAUAUUUUAAAUUUUCGAAAAGAUCCUACAACACUAUCCUCGUAGACUGUUAGAAUGAUGUGUAGUUCAUAUCUAGAUCUUUCAAAAUAAAGCCAUUUAUUAUGAAAAACCCUCUUACACUUUAGGUGGAUCCAGCAAUAUUGUGUAAAGAAAAUAUCUGUCUUUCAGAGAGGUGUACAACCUUAACUCUUACCCAACUAAAUUUCUAUAAUGAACCUGGCCUUCUUUCAAUUUUGACUGUACCAUUAACUGUUAAAAGGGAUGCAUACAAAAAAAAAAGAUACUGACUGAAUAGCGAACAGUGCAGAUCAUGAUCAGACUGCACAGAUGUGCAGGCUAAUCAUGAUCUAUACUUUUCGCAAAGGCAGAAUCAGUCAUGUCCAGCUUGAUAAGGGUUAAGUGGUACAUAAAGCUACUUAAUCUGCUUAAUAAACUAGAAAAAAAAGAGAUCUGAAAAUGUUAGCCAGCAGUAAUGUACAAUAUGCUGGUUGAUAAGCCAUGUUUUUAAAUGUGUAUCUGUGUUAUGCAAGGAAAAACCAUGUUUUUUCCCAGUUAAACAUAUUUUUUAGAAUAUCUGUUUAUCACUCCCACACAGUAUGUCAAGGAAAUUUAAGAAAUACGACAAGUUUUCAUCUUGUAUCAUAAUCAAAUCUUUUAGACCAUAUUAGGCUAGUUUUUGUUAUCGGAAUAGUAUUGAUAAAUAGCGGUUUAUUAAGCUGUGACUCCUGAAGAAGAAAAUAUAUAUAUUCGUUGUCUACCAGGACCUGCUCUAGAUUAAUUUCCGACUAUAAUUUUGGUUUCUAGUAGAGGAAAAUAUGGCACUUAAGUACUGCUAUUGAUUACCAGUCAAAAAACCCAUGUUUUCGUUUAUGAAAUAAAAUACUUAGCCACACAAAAUCAUACUUUCUUGUUGAGAUAGAUAAUAUAUAAUUACUAAAUUUGGAAAUAAAAUGCAGUAUACAUGUACACUAUGUACCAUUGUAUGUAAGCAAAUAUAUCGUGUGAAAAACUUUUUGUGAUAUGCAAGAAAUUUAUCAGAUUAUUCUAUUACAGAUUAUUGCAAUUCUUAAGGAUUUUCUUUAUAGUUUUAUUUAGAGGUUUUGGUUUAUGUAAUAACGAACACCUGUUCUUUUUUUCUGUACAUUUCAAAUUACCGGUUUGAAAUAAACUGAAAAUUUGGAUGUAGUGAAUCCUGUUUUCUGAAAAUGAAAAAUUGCCUUUCAUAUGUACAUACUUUUGAGUUGCCAGCCGUUAUUCACUUUCUGGAAUUAAGCUUUCUGUUUUGUUCUGAAAGUUAAACAUGUCGUUUUUGAAAUAAUUUGUUCAAGUCAGCCAUAAUUGUUUCUCAUGAAAUCAUUGCAUAAAACAGGUCUACUUUAUUGUCAUUCGUUUUCCAAUUUUUCAGUAUAUUAUUUGUGUCAUGUAUAUCUUGAUUGAUCAUUUAUUAUGCAUUAAAUAUGAAAACUAAAA